CUCGGUGUAAACAGGAAGAAACGACAGAAAACCACGGCAAAUCUACCGUAGACAGAGGGAAAUGAUCGGAUGAAAACGAGCAUAUGUGUGAUUUUUCUACACACGGUAAUGCAAACAAAUCAUGCCUUCCAGCACCUGAUUGCAAUUUCGACGACAUCUGGUUGCAGCGGUAGCUAAAGGUUGAGCAGUUUUGAUAGAUUUGCUAAUAUCGUAUGCUAGCUGACGCUGACGGAUUGUGACGCGAUUUGUUCCGUCUGGGUUUUGUUUGGUGAAUUCCCCUCGUAACGUCACGUCAAAAAUCAAUAUAUUUCGCAUUAUUCGGAGUUCGGAGGGUUCAUACCGCUCGUUAUGGUUCAGAAAGAGAAGCCGCUGGAUGCCCCUCUUGUUGACGGAGAGCCGAGCCCCAGCCCAGUCUCCGGAGAGCCUUGUGCCGAGGCCCCUGGCCCGGUGGAGGAGUCCGGUAUUGGUAUCGAGUCGACGGACCACAGAAAAUUCAUUAGUGGAGUCGUCGAAGGCUUUUAUGGUCGACCAUGGACAAUGGAGCAGAGGAAAGAGUUGUUCAGGAGGCAGCAGAAAUGGGGACUGAAUACAUACCUUUAUGCACCUAAAGAUGACUACAAACACAGAAUGUUCUGGAGAGAGCUGUACUCGGUGGAAGAAGCAGAGCAACUUAUGACUUUAAUUGGUGCUGCAAAGGACUAUGGGACAGAAUUUAUCUAUGCUAUAUCCCCUGGACUGGACAUCACCUUUUCCAACCAGAAAGAGGUUUCUGCACUCAAGAGGAAACUUGAUCAGGUUACUCACUUUGGCUGCAAGUCAUUUGCCUUACUUUUUGAUGAUAUUGACCACAACAUGUGCCCUGCUGACAAAGAGGUGUUCAGCUCAUUCGCACAUGCUCAGGUUUCCAUUACCAAUGAAAUCUACCAGUACCUAGGAGAGCCUGAAACCUUCCUUUUCUGUCCCACAGAGUACUGUGGAACCUUCUGUUUCCCAAAUGUCUCUCAGUCUCCCUACCUUCAUACAGUGGGAGAGAAGCUACUGCCUGGCAUUGAUGUGCUGUGGACGGGCCCCAAGGUUGUUUCCAAAGAUAUUACAGUGGAAUCAAUCGAGGAGGUGUCAAAAAUCCUGAAAAGGGCCCCCGUGAUCUGGGACAAUAUUCAUGCCAAUGAUUACGACCAGAAGAGACUUUUCUUGGGUCCAUACAAGGGCCGCUCCACAGAGCUCAUCCCCAGACUGAAGGGAGUACUUACCAAUCCCAACUGCGAGUUUGAGUCCAACUUUGUUGCGAUACACACUCUGGCCACAUGGUACAAGUCGAAUAUGAACGGUGUGCGCAAGGAUGUGGUCAUGACGGAUGGCGAGGACAGCACAGUGUCCAUCCAGAUCAAAUUAGAGAAUGAGGGCAGUGAUGAAGAACUGGAGACAGACAUGCUCUACAGCCCACAGCUUGCUCUGAAACUGGCUCUCACGGAAUGGCUGGGCGAAUUUGGUGUGCCUCAUCAGUACAACAGCCGACAGGUGCCCCAGAGUGGUGCCAAAAGCACAGUCAUAGAUGUGUCGUCCAUGGCUGCCCCCUCUCUUUGCUCCUCCACAACAGUCACAACUGUGUUCCAGCAGCCUAUCAUGUCACCUGCUAUGUCACCCCUCUGUCUGGAUCCACUCUCACAUCCCAUGGCAAAAAUACCUCAGGAGGUAGAAGAGGUGGAGGUGGAGAAGAAGGAUUCAGAUGAGGAGCCAAUGGAGAUGGUGGUUGAGAAGCAGGAUGAGCCAGAGCCAGAAGUUGAAGCUGACCCAGAGGAGAAGGAUGUUGGUCCACUAUUAGCUGACAAGAUGGCCGAGGACCUGAAGCCCAUGGAUACAGACAAAGAGAGUCUGGCAGAGUUAAAGUCUCCUGAAGAGUCUCUCCAGGAAGACUCUGGGAGUGAUAUUGCCCCCAUGCAGACAGAUGAUCAGCUCAAACAGGAUUUUUUUGUGCCCGGGCCCGAUGAGAAGGCCCUGUUCACAGCCGAGCCUCUCACUCUCGAGGACCUGAGCCUUCUGGCAGAGCUCUUCUACUUGCCUUAUGAACAUGGACCCAAGGCCGUGCAGAUGUUAAAGGAGUUCAAUUGGCUACGGGCAAACAGCAGCGUCGUCAGUGUCAACUGCAAGAGAAAGGAAACCGAAAAGGUAGCAGAAUGGCAACUAAGAGCGGACAAGUUUGAGGAGAUGUGCUGCUCUGUCAUCCAGAUGUUCACACGACUGUCCAAUUCAGCCAACCGCACCAUCCUGUACGACCUCUAUCCUUACAUCUGGGACAUCAAGAGCAUCAUCUCUAUGGUCAAGUCUUUUGUUCAGUGGCUAGGGUGUCGUAGUCAGUCCUCAGCACAAUUCCUUAGAGGAGACCAAGAGCCCUGGGCCUUUAGGGGAGGUCUAGCAGGAGAGUUCCAGAGGUUGUUGCCAAUAGAUGGGGCAAACGAUCUUUUCUACCAGCCUCCACCUUCAAUGCCAACCUCCAAAAUCUAUUCCAUACGGCCAUACUUUCCCAAAGAUGAGGUUGCCGUUUACACAAUAUGUAAAGAAAUGUACUGUGAAGGAAUGGAGGAUUUAACUUUCCCUGAUGAUGAUCCCAACCUCAUCGGAGACAGGUUGGUGGGUGGUCUCCUGACACUGAGCUCAGACUACGGGUUUGUGCUGGAGGACGAUGAAGGGAUCUGUGGCUAUGCUCUCGGGACUGUGGAUGUCAAGCCCUUCAUCAAGACGUGCGAGUUGAACUGGAUUCCCUUCAUGCAAGAGAAAUACCACAAACCCGACUGUGAGAAGGACCUCACAGAGGCUGAGAAGAUGAUGCUGAGUUUCCAUGAAGAGGAGGAGGGUCUUCCAGAAUCCUUUCUCUCCAACUUCCCCUCUCUCAUUAAGGUUGACAUUCACGCCAAGGUGACUGACCCCAGUGUGGCCAAAAGCAUGAUGGGAUGUCUCCUAUCUUCUCUAAAAGCUAAUGGGUCUCAUGGUGCGUUUUGUAAGGUCCGUCAGACUGAUAAGAGAAUGUUGGACUUCUAUAGUAAGCUGGGAUGCUUUGAAGUGGCCAAAAUGGAGGGGUUUCCCAAAGAUAUCAUCAUUAUGGGACGCAGCUUAUGAAGAAACAUCUGGAGAGAACAAGUCUACAUGGCCUGAAUAUGUUUGUUACCUUCAUGAGAAAAACUUCCAUGGCGAUUUUAUACUACAUUACCAUCAGGGCCAGCCCCAGGAGACCUCUUUUAAGGAUUUGAUUACAGAAGCACAGCAGUCGCACACAGUUUCCCUGCGCUGUCCUUAGAUGCAGUGGCUCUGUUAUAUUCAUCAGAUCUGAAGCUAAAAGGCCAAGGGGUGAUCUGUAGUCAGUUGAUUUGAGCAAACAUAGAAGAGUGACACCCCAGCAUGGAUUUCUGGGGUCCCUCCACCCAUAUACCUCUGGAAGGCAGAGAGCGUUAACUCCUUUAGCGUUUUUCUGAUUUAAUCCAUUAGCCAUUUACAUGGAUAUUGGCUGCAUUGCCUAAGUGCAAAGAGUCUGCAUCUAAAAUGGAGGCAGAGCUGUGAAAUGAGGGCGCCCUGUAUCUCAGGUUGUGUCUCACUGCCCACAUGUCUUGCUUUCCCCAGCUUUGACAGAGAGAGCAGCACAGCUGUCGACAUAAGUAGGACGGCUUUAUACAUGAUUUAAGGUGCUGUGUGAGAGUUUGCCUUUCAUCAUCACAUGAUGAUAUUUCCGGUUCCCCCACAACAGCCUUGUCACUGGUAUGUUUCCAACAAAGCCUGAUGUGAAACAGUGAGUCUGCACACAUGAUGGGUGGAGAAUCGUAGCUUUUGUGAUUUCUGACAGGAAAUCAUCACAAACCUCGGAUAGUAUUUGUUGAGACGGUUAAAGACUCGACUGCUAGAUCCCUCUGAAUUUCAGUUGUUUUCUGCCAUUUGGAGAACAAUAGCAACGUUUACAGACUUGGUUCUCAGCCUAGUUUUUGUUUAGGGCUUUGUUUUUGCCCCCCUCUUUUUUUUGUUUUACCAGUCAGCAGUUUUUUACUUAUUUCCCCUUUGAGCUGUUGCCUUUUGGUUCAUUGCCUUUGGAUUUUAGGUUUAUAUAGCAAACCCCCGGUCUCUUGUGUCUAAAAUAAGGAAAGGUUGAUUUUGGACUCUGGCCUUGUUGCUCAAGUUCCAAAAAACAGUCCAACACUGACAGUCACUUUUCUUAGUUUACCCAAGCACAUCCAAGACUGCAUCACAGAUGUCCUAUCAUGCAAAACAAUGCUGACGGGGACAAUUCUGUCGGAGUCUGUCGGAGUCUGCCUAAUCAUAUUCAUUUAGUAAAUGCUGAGGGGAUUUUUUAAGUUUUGUACUUAAUACGUUUGUUUCAAUAGUUAAAAUCUGAUGUUUACUUAUAUUUGCCUUUUUGAAAGAAUUAAAAACUAUAAUCAAGAGAAAUCCACAUUUCCCCCACCAAUCCCUAUGGGGCCAAAAUCCUAACAUAUUCUGACCAGCUGUAAUUAUAACAAUUUGAGGUAAUAAUAUAAAAAAAGGAGUCCAAACACACACACAGGAUUAUGUUCUCCUUGAAGUAACACUGCUCAAUUCACCCCAACCAGAAAUUCAAGACUAGGGCUGCAGUUUCAGGUUUUCUGAACCUUGUCAGUCAUUAUAAUAGUCGGUAUACACUAGUCGUCUGUUUUCCCUCCCUGCUUUUGUUUUCAGCAUUGCACAUUCUCAAACAAACGUCCUCUCAGCUGAGCUAUGGUGAGAACAUUAGGGGUCGCCAAGGCUGUUCAAUUCUGUCACCAAAGUGGCAGUGGCUCCCACACUGUUGAACCGAAGUGGUGGUAGUGUGUGUGGGGGGAUUCAGAAAUUCCUUGGCCUUCAUUAGAUGCCCAUUGAAUGUUUCGUACUCUGACACAUUUUCCAUUUGUUUUUGUAAAUCUAUAUAGUUAAUUAAAAAAAGAAAAGCACUUUGACUAUAGAUAGGAGUGUUCUGUUGGUUACUCGAGGAUCAUCAGUUGCUCUUAAGUAGCUGCCUGCCAAUGUGAUGUUUUUGAUACUGGUGUACAUUCUUAAUGUGCAUGAGGUGUACUGGAUUUGCUGUGGCAGUCGUUAAAAAUAAUCUUAUUUUACAUAACGAAGAGGAAGACGCAUGCCACUCACCUCCUAUAAGCAUAUUUAUUGUACUGUUAUUAUUUUGUAUAUCUUUACUGGGACUAUGGCUGACAACGGUUUUCUGUAAAAACAAAUGUUGGCCUUGUUAUAAAGCACUGUCCUGUACAUUUGUCCCAUCCAGCUUUUUUUGAAGAAGAAGAAACUCACCACCAGAUUUGCUCUUUGUCUACAUAAGCAACAGCGGAACUUUCACACUUGUUUUAAAUGGUUCAUUUUGCAGCAACCAGUUUUAAUAGAUGUGGGCUGUGACUAAGAGAAAGGGCUCAGAUUGUGCAUUAUGAUUAUUUGAGUUUGGGGUGUUAUAUAAAAAAAAAUAAAAAGUCAGUUUCCCAAUGUAAAAUUUGUAUGUAAGAUACAUAAGAUUAAAAACUAAUAAACCACAAUGAGUAA